UCCUCUCAGUAUGUUAACAGCAGUUUCACACCAAAAAGAAAUGGCAGAAGGGGAAAAGCAUGGUGAAAUUGGCCAUUCAGUCAAAAAAGAAAAUGUUACCGAUAAAGAACCGGAAACUAAACCCACUCAGUCUACCAAUUCCAAACCACGACAACUGAUUUCAAACUAUCAGAAACGAUUAUUGCUGGCUAGCUUUGAAAAGUCCAAGUACAUCGGAAAAUUGGAAUGCCAGAUUCUCGCCGAAAAGACCGGGUUGUCUACCAAAACAAUUCGAAUUUGGUUUAGGAAUAAGCGAUUCCGAACAAGGCAACCAGCAAGACAUAUCACCCAGUAUCAACAUUCCUUCUUCUGGCAACAACACCCUUCAUACGCCUAUCCCAUCCCAGAAGACUUUUUUUGCCCGCCACGUCGCAUGCAGGACUGGGAAUCAUUUGCAACUACUUCGGCGGUGUCAGUAGGUAGGGCAUUGGACCAAAACCCAGAAAGCCUACCAAUUCCACCCUGGUACUACCUUGAUGAAGGCCGCUAUAGUGUCAGUAGAAACUGCCUUCCAGAUAACCUCAAUCAAGGUUUAUUGCAUCAGUAAU